AUGGCCCCCCUGGCAGGCGAUGCAAGGUCAGUCCUGAAGGGAACAUGGAGUCUAGCUGCGGUAGCGAUUGUGGUUAUGGUACUGCGGGUUGUGGCGAAACUAAAGCUUCGCCACGUCGGAAUAGAUGAUUGUGCAAUGAUCACAGCUCUGCUCCUUGCGCUCGUCACAUCUACCCUGUUCAGCGUCGCUGUCGUUGUCUACGGCUUUGGUGAUGGCUUGGAUACACACAACCACUCGGACCUGGUCAAUGCUUUGAAAUACUAUGUCAUUUUGCAGGUUUUCGGUAUAGCUAGUAGCUGUAUGGGUCGAGUGGCGUUCAUCUUCUACCUGCUGCCUAUCCUCUCGACGACAAAGAUCUCUAAGAUCAUCUUGCGAGGGCUCCUAACACUGCAGGUGGUUAACUUCGUUUCAAUUGUACUGCUCCUCUCACAGUGCCGUGAUAUACGAGGCAUAUGGGACCCCCUGUUCGCCGAAAGAACAGAGUGCAUGGAUGUUUCCGUUGAGAUCUAUUAUGGAUACUUCCAAUGCUCCUGCAACGGCUUAACCGAUUUGAUCCUCUCCGUCUACCCGUCCUAUAUCUUCUGGAAUCUCAAACUACGACUCCGGGUUAAGAUUAGCUUGGUAAUUUUAAUAAGUCUGGGCCUCCUGUAA